AUGUUUUUUGUUGAUACGAUCAUCUGCAAAUGUAUUCAAUAUCGACCAAUAUACAAUACUAUUGAUAAUGUUUUAUCAAUCAAUCUAUUUUUAUGCUUUUUUUUUUCUAGUCAUGUCUUAUAUGUUAUUUCAUUAGAUGGUAAAAUAACUGCAAUUGAUGUUCAACAAAAGGGUCGUCAAUUAUGGAUAGCUAAUAUCGGUUUACCUUUAGUUGAUUCAACUAUUAACAAAAUUGAAAUAUCUCAUGAUUCAAAAUCAAUUCGUCUAAUUCCAUCACUUCUUGGCGGUCUUUAUGGAAUACAUGAUGAAAAUGAACAUAUGGAACCAUUACCAUUUGAUGCUGAAUCUUUACUUAAUACAUCAUUUCAUCUUCAUGAUGAAUUUGUUAUGAUAGGCGGAAAAGAUAUCGAUACAAUUGGUCUCGAUUUACAUACGGGAAAAACUAUUUAUUCAUCUUCAAAAGACGAUGUGGAUCAAACAACAUUCGAUAGUACAUGUUCAGCAUCGAUACUUAUUAUUAAACGAAUAAAACAAACUGUUCGUGCACGAUGUCUACGAAAUGGACAUGAAAAAUGGAAUUUCAGUGUUUCAAAUCAUCAAUUAAUGCAUUUAUAUAUUCCAUCGUCUAGUGAAAUUCUUGAAAAAAUUGAUAAUUAUAAUGAAAAUCCUGUAUUUUUCGAAUAUCAAUUACAAACUGGAUUGAUAUUAGCUUUUGAUUAUAAUAAUCAUUUGAUUUGGACAUCAUCAAUAAAUAAUCCAAUAGCUGCUGUAUGGGAAUUAAAAAAUGGUCAAUUAAAAGAAAAAUCUCUAUUAAAAACAAGACUAUCACAUCGUCUUGCUUUUAUGGGAAAAUUCAAUUCAAUUCCAUAUGUAAUUAUUUCAUCUCGUGUACAACGUCAAUUAAUUUAUCAUGCAAGAAAAAAGAAUGUUUUUAAUCCAUCAAAUAUGAAAAAGCCAUUACUUUCGUUUUCGUAUAAAACAAAUAAAAAACAUCAUCUAUCGAUAAAUUCUAAAUUAUCAAACAAUAAUGACAGAUUUUCAACAGUUGAUCAUAAUUAUCCGUUAGUUGUACGGCAAGAUGAAUCAUUGGAUAUUGUUGGAUAUUUGGAACUAAUCGAUUCACAUGAAGAUAUAGCAGAAGAAGAAAAAUAUGAAUUAUUAGUAGAUAUUAAUAGUAAUUCAACAUGGAUUUUAUGGAUUAAUAUAUUGACUAUAUCAAGUGUAUGUUUCUGUGCUUUGAUUAUUAUACUUAUUUGGUAUUGUAAACAAAAACAUAUAGAUAUACAACAUCAGAAAUUGAUAAUAUCAAAGAACAACGACAUCACUUUUGAACAUCAAUUAUCUGAACCAACAUUUCAAUCUCGAUACAUACUUGAAUAUGAACAUGUUCGAGUUCUUGGACGUGGUGGUUUUGGUAUUGUAUUUGAAGCAAUUAAUAAAUUAGAUGAACGACGUGUAGCAAUUAAAAGAGUGCCAUUAAAAAAAUCAUUGAGUACAGAACGAGCAUUGAAAGAAAUUCGAUGUUUAGCUAUAUUAAAUCAUCCAAAUUUAAUACAGUAUUAUUAUGCUUGGCAUGAAUGUCCACCAAAUGGAUGGCAAGAUGAAAAAGAUAAAAAAUUAAUACUGAGAAAUAAUGAACUUACAAAAGACUCACUUAGUAUAUAUUCUACAUCAGCAGUAUCAAAUGAUGAUAAUCAAUCAGAUAUACAAUCCCAACAAAGAAAGCUUUCUUCUACAUCUUGUCUUUCACCAUUAAUUGAUUUUACAUUUGAACGUUCAUUAAAUCUAUCACAGAUUCAUGAAGGUAGUAAUUCAUCAUUAUGUGAACAUUCAUAUGAUUCAUCGAAUGAAGAAAUAUCAAACAAUGAUGAUAAAAUAAUAUUCAAUGAAUCAAAAUCUUCUAUUGAAAAAACAAGUUCUGAUUGUUCAAUAACUUAUUUUUAUUUUGUUAUGGAAUUAUGUCAAACAGAAUCAUUACGUAAUCGAUUAAUAAAACAAACUAUUAAAAAACAAUCUGAAGCUUGGUCAAUAGUUGAUCAAAUAAUCAAUGGUAUUGAAUAUAUUCAUUCAAAAAAAUUAAUUCAUCGUGAUUUAAAACCUUCAAAUAUUCUUUUUUCUAUGAAUAAUAUUGUAAAAAUUGGUGAUUUUGGUCUUGUAAGUGCUUUUGGUGAAGAUAAAAUUGAGAAAAUAGAUCAUACUGAAAAUAAUGAAUUUGGUGGUACAAUACUUUAUAUGAGUCCGGAACAAAUCAAUCGUCAAUCAUAUAAUCAAAAAGUAGAUAUCUAUGCAAUAGGUAUUAUUCUAUUUGAACUUCUGUAUCCAUUUUCUACUCAAAUGGAACGAAUACGAGCAUUAGAAAAUAUUCGUCUUCAAACACCCGUAUUUCCAAUUGAUUUCCAAUGUAAUCAAUCAAUUUGUCGUUUAAUUCAAUGGCUUUUAGCUUAUUCGCCACAUGAUCGUCCAAAAGCAUGUGAAUUCCGUCAAGAUUGUUCGUAUCAAAAUAUCGUUAAAGGCGAAAAUUUGGUUUAUUAA